AUGGCUACCAAGGAGUCGGAAGUGGCCUCCAACGAGCACCCCAACUAUCAAAACCCCGAUGGCGCCAAUGGUCAUGAGCUCGGCCGUCAGAUCUCGGUCACCCUGACCCCGCAGCAGUUCGAGGAGCUCUACCUGCAACCCUCGAUCAGGUCGCGCAGCCAAGCGGGCCUGGUCAAGACCUUCGGCAACCCCACCUCCCUCGGCAUCGUAUCCUUUCUCCUUACUCUCACGCCCACCUCAUGCUGUCUCAUGGGUUGGCGCGGUGCCACCUCCAACUCGCUGCUCGCGCUCAUCGGUGCCUACUACUUCAUGGGUGGUCUGUGCAUGUUGCUUUCUGCCAUCCUCGAGUUCGUCAUUGGCAACACCUUCCCCUUCUUGGUGUUUGCAUCGUUCGGGGCGUUCUGGCUUACGCUCGCUGGUUACAUCGAUCCCAAGUUCGCAUCGCAGACGACGCUGUUGACGGGUCAAGGUGGAUCGCCUGCGAUCUACUACGUUCCCUUUGGAUACUACCUCAUCUUCUGGGCAGUAUAUACCUACUUUUUGACGUUGGCUGCUUUCAGGACAAACGUCGUCCUCGUCUGGAUUUUGCUCUUCGUCGCUCUCACCUUCACCACCCUCGGCGCAGCUUACCUCAAGUUCGGAGAGGAGUCGAUGGCAGCCGGUGCAAACCUCGUCGUGGCUGCAGGCGCCUGUGGAUUCACAGCUUGCAUGGGCGGAUUCUACAUCUUGCUUCACCUGUGUCUGGCUGCUACCGACUUCCCCUUCAACAUCCCGCUGUUCGACUUGGCUCACCUGUGGGGUGCUAAGCAGUAG